AUGGUAAAAAAGCCCAAAUUUUCGCUUUCCAGACAGCUUUUACGGCCGAGUUGGAACAAAUAUAACGCUUUUAAUUUUGCGUGUAAAAAGCUUCCCAAUCUGAACGGAAAAACACUAUUUCAAAAGAAAUGGAUCGCAAAACGAGAAACAAGAAGUUUUCAUGGACCACAUUUACGAGAAUAUCAGUUCAAAAACUAUUUUGAAUCGAAACUACUCGGUAUGACUUCGGUCAAUUCACCUGCUGAAAACUCAAAGAUUCCAUUUAUGAGCCAGUUGUACGCACCGUUGGAGUCUAGACUCGAUAUUGCACUACACAGAGCUAUGUUUGCUUCUAGUGUCGAGCAGGCUCAUAAAAUUAUCGUGUCCAAUAAAGUGUCGGUGAACGGUAUUCGCGAAAAACGGGCUCAUUUACGUUUAGAACCGGGGGACGUAGUUACCGUCGAUCCUGCUACAGUUAUGCGCUCCGUUUCUUCCUUUAAACCGACCAAAAGUUCUGCUUCUUCAGCUGAAGCCACACAAGACGCACAAGAUACACGAGACGAAAAGGCUGUCAAGGCGCAAACGAACAAAGCAUGGUUAGAAAUGGGCGUGGAAAAGUUUAUACCCAAACCAUUUAUGUGUGUAUUCGCGUUUAUCCCUUCGUAUCUUGAAGUUUGCUUUAGGACAUGUUCAUUCGUCUAUGUUCGACAUCCAAUUGCACGUGCAAAUAUGUCUGAAGUACCUUCACCGUUUCCUGAAAGAUUUCAUGCCCUCGCAUACAAUUACUACAUUCGUUUUCGUGCCAUGAGACAAAGUUUAAAAAAGCAUCAAGCCAAGCACAUGAUUCCACAGCGCAUUCACGAUCCUAAGUUCUACCGAGGUCCACGAAGUCUGUAUCGAAAUGCUGCAGUGUCACCAUCUACUCCUUUACCCUCUGAUUUCUAA